GGUCCAGACGAGAGACAACCUCUGGCCCCCCAGCAGCUGGCCAGCUUGGCAGCCCCAGUCUCGAGCCCCUAACUACCCUCCCCCGCCCCCAUCUCCUUCCCAAUUGAAGGAGCGGAGAGAGAAGAGAGAAGAGUGAGCAGAGAGAUUGAGAGAGAGAGAGGGAGAGAGAGAUAGACGGAGAUCUCUGGAGCAGACCUCAAGGUGACUUCCGUUUCUAUCUGGUUCACGUCUGGGGGGGCCCUGGCCGGGCAGCCCCCCCACAUUUCUCCCGCCCUGAAACACGGCUCUAGCCAACCUGCUCCGCUGCUUCACCUGCGACCGUCUGUGCGGGGGCUGCACAGCGCCAGCCCCUCCGGCCCGCCAGGGCAUCGUCCUGCAGCCCGUCAUGCCCAGCUGUGACCCUGGCCCGGGCCCCGCCUGCCUCCCCGCCAAGACCUUCCGCAGCUACCUGCCCCGUUGCCACCGCACUUACAGCUGCGUCCACUGCCGUGCACACCUGGCCAAACAUGAUGAGCUUAUCUCGAAGUCUUUCCAAGGGAGCCAUGGCCGAGCCUACCUGUUUAACUCCGUGGUCAACGUGGGUUGCGGACCGGCCGAACAGCGCCUCCUGCUCACGGGGCUCCACUCGGUAGCUGACAUUUUCUGUGAAAGCUGCAAAACCACCCUGGGCUGGAAAUAUGAGCAGGCUUUUGAGACGAGCCAGAAGUACAAGGAGGGGAAGUACAUCAUUGAAAUGUCACACAUGGUGAAGGACAACGGCUGGGACUGAGGGGCUCAGGCAGGCUGUGCCCUUCCUCCGCAUGCCCACCCUCCCCACACCUGUCCCCUGGCCCUGCCAAGCAGUCCAUACCAGCAUGAGUACUGCCCCACCCCUGGGGGGAACCCGGCUCCCACCACCCCUCCCCUCCACCUCAUCACCCCCAGGCCCCUUUGGAACGGGGGUCUGGGGUACCCCAGGGGUGUUCAAGGCUCAGGAACGGGCAGCAGUCAGGGAGAGACAGAACUGGGACAAGAGGAUGGUUGCGGGUCCUUCUAGCCCUAAGGUCCUGAAAAUGGAGGUGAUAGCCAAGUGUAGGUCAGGCAGAGGACCAUGGAAGGAUCCAUUUCUGCCCUAACCUCUUUUUUGAGUGAAUGGAGGACAAGCCUUAGGCAUGGGGCUGGUAGGUCCCAGGCCACAGGACAGCAGAUGAGAAGGGGCUUGAAUUGGGAGUGAAAUUUUGGCCUCAGACACCGCGAGAUACCAGUCUCUGAGGGUGAAGCUUCCUGCCCCCGUUUGUAGGAGAAAGGAUUCGGGGGUGGAAGGAAAAAAAAAUCCCAGAUCCCAAGCCCUGGGAAAUAAAAUCACAGGGGUUUCCAUUUCACUCCACUUGUUAGUUCAUCUUGGCACUAAAGAGGCACUUUGGAGUAUCUAACCUUCGCCAGUGGGUGGGGUGGGGAAAGCUGCUUCUGGAACAGCCCCCACCCCAGCUGGCUGUUUCCAGAGCAAGCAGGCUUUCCAGGCAUUCUCUGAGGCCCAGCCACUGCUCCCUGGGACCCAGUCCCUUGGAGGGGAGGUGGGACAUCAGCGCCACGGGGUCAGCCUUCCUCGUGGCUGCCACCAGCGAACGAAACUUUUGUAUGAUACAUAAAGUGUUUGGGUCUAUUUUUAAUAAAAAGGGGAAAAGCAACUGCGAGGCACUCUGUCCUCUUGACUCUCCUUCCCGGGUACCUACCAUACACACUACCCUGUCACCCCCGCUUCCCCCCUCAG